CACGUCCAGCCUUUCAUUGCUUUUCUGAAAAUGUAGAACAAAAUCCAAUGAAAAAUUUGCUCCCUCAACUUUCGAGCAACUAUUUUUACUCUGCACUUCAUGCAGUUUUCAUUUUAAGCUCAGUGCAAUUAGUAUUAUUGCACUCAGCGUACUGUUUAGGAAUGUUCGUGCAAAAUUUCUUUAAAUUAUAUUUAUUUAUAUUGGAUAUUUCCCUUUACCUUUUUUAAUUAAACAUUAACCUCUUAAUUUCAAUAAAACAGCGUUUUCUUUUAGUUACAAUCGAAUUGGAAAUCUGGCAACAGCGAUUUGUUUUGAUUUUGUCUAAUUUUCAGUAUUUAGAAAAUAAUUCAAAUUUCUCAAAAAAGCUCAAAGUUAAGAAACAAUUUCAAGCAAACAACAAUGUCGAAGAAAAUAAGCGAUUAUAUACGUAAAAAUUUGCAAAGCAUCAUCCAGAGUGCAGGUUCCCACAAGGAACAGGCCGAAAAAUAUAGAGUUAUUCUGGAUUUGAUCCUCAAAGAACAAGGAGACGACUUAGUUGAAGGCCUGCAAAUAUUCAUUGAAGCCAUUGUAAACGAAAAUGUAAGUCUAGUAAUCUCUCGCCAAAUCCUCACAGAAAUCAGCAGCCACUUGGUAAAACUCCCAGACGACGUCUCAAAAUCAGUCUCCCAUUUCACCCUGGAAAAAGUCCAACCCAGAGUAAUUUCGUUUGAAGAACAAGUUGCCAGCAUUCGUCAGCACUUAGCAGACAUCUAUGAGCGCACCCAGCAAUGGCGCGAAGCUGCAGCAGUCCUAGUCGGAAUACCUUUGGAAACUGGCCAAAAACAAUACUCUGUAGACUACAAGCUUGAGACUUACCUAAAAAUUGCCAGACUAUACUUAGAAGAUGAUGAUCCUGUUCAGGCUGAAGCUUUUAUAAAUAGAGCCUCACUACUUCAAGCAGAAUCCAAAAACGAACAACUUCAAGUCUAUUACAAAGUUUGCUAUGCAAGGGUUUUGGAUUAUCGCAGGAAGUUUAUUGAAGCAGCUCAGCGUUACAAUGAAUUGUCUUUUAGAAACAUUGUCCAUGAAGAUGAAAGAAUGACUGCCUUGAGGAAUGCUUUAAUUUGUACUGUUUUAGCCUCAGCUGGUCAGCAAAGAUCCAGAAUGCUGGCUACAUUAUUCAAAGACGAACGCUGUCAGCAAUUACCUGCUGUUGGUAUUUUGGAAAAAAUGUAUUUAGAAAGGAUUAUUCGUAGGUCUGAGCUUAAAGAUUUUGAAGCGUUGCUUCAGCCGCAUCAAAAAGCCUCUACUUUAGAUGGUACUAAGAUUUUAGACCGGGCAAUGGUGGAGCAUAAUUUAUUGUCUGCAAGUAAAUUGUACAACAAUAUUAGUUUUGAAGAGUUGGGGGCCUUGCUUGAAAUUAAUCCGUCAAAAGCUGAAAAAAUUGCCAGCCAAAUGAUUACAGAAGGCAGAAUGCACGGCUAUAUUGAUCAAAUUGAUUCUAUUGUACAUUUUGAGACCAGAGAAACCUUGCCUCAAUGGGACAAACAGAUUCAGUCUUUGUGCCAGCAAGUCAAUUCGAUGAUUGAGCAAAUUGCAAAUGCGCAUUCUGAUUGGAUGGCCAAAAUCACUGAAGAACAGAUGGUGUCUUAAGAUGUUAUUACAAUGAAUUAUCAACAAUGAUUUUUAUGUUAAAAGUAUAUCAAAUCAAAAUCUUGUAUUAUUUCUGUUGGGGUGGUUGUGGUUAUAAUAAGGCAUGUUACUUAUUUACGUAUUUAUUGGACAGGUUAAUGAAUUUUAGAUUAUGCAAUUAUUUCAGGGUUGACUUGGUAUAGAGUAAAGACGAGUAUAUGUUGCUUCGUUGAUGGUCGUGGUAGGAGAGAGGGCCAGCCCUUGAUACUCUGUAGUAUCCUUGAUAAAUUGCAAGGCAGUGUUGCAAAUAUUAAUAAUCAAUUUCUCUGGACACUACAAUUUGUAUUUCAAGAUGUGUCGGUUUUCCAUUAAAUAAAUUUAAAAAUUCAGUAUAAUGUGCCCUUAAUUUUCUUCUUUUUUUUCCUGGAAGUUUCAGAAUUUUUGGUUUAAUAGUUUUCCAGAAAAAAAUUAAAAUGUAAGCAGAUGCAUUUUUGCUUAAUUUGGAUUUUGCAAGUUGAUUUUCAUUGAUUUCUCAUUCUGUUAUUUCUCACUGGAAAAAUUUGAAAUUUUAGUAAAAUGAGCUCAUACCUUUCCUCUUUUUCUCCUGAAAGUUUCACAAUUUUCCCUUCAGUAGUUUUCC